CCAGCUGGCGGCUCAGCGCCGCGGGAUACGUGGGCGCUUUCAGCCGGGUCCCAGGGCGCUUAUCGCGGCCCGGCAGACUGGACCGCGCCUCAUCCCCGCCCGCGAACCCCGACCCAGGGAAACCCAGGGCGCUAGGGAGGGGCCACAGCGCUCAGCUCUGGCCCUCCAUAGCCCGAGGCGCGGGAUAGGAAGUUCGCGUCUGCACUGCCUGAGCUCGUUCUCUCGAGGUCCGGGUCUCCCGAGGCCGCCAACCGCCGGCUGCUAUCGUGACCUGGAGCUGCAGCGCCUCCAGCGCCGGCCGCCGCGCUACGGGAGCGCUGAGGCCCACCGGGUGUGGUCCGGCGAAGGGGUUGUGCAGCGCGCGGGCUGUGUGCUGUGCCCACACAAACGGUUCCGGGCGUGCAGGAGGGAAAAGGCAGUGCCCGCCACUCCCACUGAGAUUGAGAGACGCGGCAAGGAGGCAGCCUGGAGAGGAGCUGGGGAGGAUUUGGCAACGCACCGUGCCGAUGCUCGGUGGCCUUGUUAAGCGGAAACUGCUGCUUUAGGGUUUGUUUCGAAGGUCGGGCUGACUCAUCCCAACAUUUACAUCAAUAAGUGUUAAAGCUCUGCCUCUGAGCCCGCACAUCCUGAGAUCCUGAGCCCUUGGUUAAGACCGAGCUCUAUUAAGCGGAGUGAGUAAAUGGUAAAAGCCAAUUGCGCUUAGAGUGUGUGUCUGGAAAGAAAGAUAAAAACUCUCCAGAUGUCUUCCAGUAAUGUCGAAGUUUUUAUCCCAAUGUCACAAGAAAACACCAAUGGCUUCCCCACGACAACUUCCAAUGACCGGAAGGCAUUUACUGAAGGAGCUGUGUUAAGUUUUCAUAACAUCUGCUAUCGAGUAAAAGUGAAGAGUGGCUUUCUACCUGGUCGAAAACCAGUUGAGAAAGAAAUACUAUCGAAUAUCAAUGGGAUCAUGAAACCUGGCCUCAAUGCCAUUCUGGGACCCACAGGUGGAGGCAAAUCUUCGUUAUUAGAUGUCUUAGCUGCAAGGAAAGAUCCAAGUGGAUUGUCUGGAGAUGUUCUGAUAAAUGGAGCACUGCGACCUACCAAUUUCAAAUGUAAUUCAGGUUACGUGGUACAAGAUGAUGUCGUGAUGGGCACUCUGACGGUGAGAGAAAACUUACAGUUCUCAGCAGCUCUUCGGCUUCCAACAACUAUGACGAAUCAUGAAAAAAACGAACGGAUUAACAGGGUCAUUCAAGAGUUGGGUCUGGAUAAAGUGGCAGACUCCAAGGUUGGAACUCAAUUUAUCCGUGGUGUGUCUGGAGGAGAAAGAAAAAGGACUAGUAUAGGAAUGGAGCUUAUCACUGAUCCUUCCAUCUUGUUCUUGGACGAGCCUACAACAGGCUUAGACUCAAGCACAGCAAAUGCUGUCCUUUUGCUCCUGAAAAGGAUGUCUAAGCAGGGACGAACAAUCAUCUUCUCCAUUCAUCAGCCUCGAUAUUCCAUCUUCAAGUUGUUUGAUAGUCUCACCUUAUUGGCCUCAGGAAGACUUAUGUUCCAUGGACCUGCUCAGGAGGCCUUGGGAUACUUUGAAUCAGCUGGUUAUCACUGUGAGGCCUAUAAUAACCCUGCGGACUUCUUCUUGGACAUCAUUAAUGGAGAUUCCACUGCUGUGGCAUUAAACAGAGAAGAAGACUUUAAAGCCACGGAGAUCAUAGAGCCUUCCAAGCGGGAUAAGCCACUCAUAGAGAAAUUAGCCGAAAUUUAUGUCGACUCCUCCUUCUACAAAGAGACAAAAGCUGAAUUACAUCAACUUUCCGGGGGUGAGAAGAAGAAGAAGAUCACAGUCUUCAAGGAGAUCAGCUACACCACCUCCUUCUGUCAUCAACUCAGAUGGGUUUCCAAGCGUUCAUUCAAAAACUUGCUGGGUAAUCCCCAGGCCUCUAUAGCUCAGAUCAUUGUCACAGUCAUACUGGGACUGGUUAUAGGUGCCAUUUACUUUGGGCUAAACAAUGAUUCUACUGGAAUCCAGAACAGAGCCGGGGUUCUCUUCUUUCUGACGACCAACCAGUGUUUCAGCAGCGUGUCGGCCGUGGAACUCUUUGUGGUAGAGAAGAAGCUCUUCAUACAUGAAUACAUCAGCGGAUACUACAGAGUGUCAUCUUAUUUUUUUGGAAAACUGUUAUCUGAUUUAUUACCCAUGAGGAUGUUACCAAGUAUUAUAUUUACCUGUAUAGUGUACUUCAUGUUAGGAUUGAAGCCAACGGCAGACGCCUUCUUCAUUAUGAUGUUUACCCUUAUGAUGGUGGCUUAUUCGGCCAGUUCCAUGGCACUGGCCAUAGCAGCAGGUCAGAGUGUGGUUUCCGUAGCAACACUUCUCAUGACCAUCUGUUUUGUGUUUAUGAUGAUUUUUUCGGGUCUGUUGGUCAAUCUCACAACCAUUGCAUCUUGGCUGUCAUGGCUUCAGUACUUCAGCAUUCCACGAUAUGGAUUUACGGCUUUGCAGCAUAAUGAAUUUUUGGGACAAAACUUCUGCCCAGGACUCAAUGCAACAGUAAACAAUACUUGUAACUAUGCAACAUGUACUGGUGAAGAAUAUUUGACAAAGCAGGGCAUCGAUCUCUCACCCUGGGGCUUGUGGAAGAAUCACGUGGCCUUGGCUUGUAUGAUUGUUAUUUUCCUCACAAUUGCCUACCUGAAAUUGUUAUUUCUUAAAAAAUAUUCUUAAAUUUCCCCUUAAUUCAGUAUGAUUUAUCCUCACAUAAGAAAGAAGCACCUUGAUUGAAGUAUUCAAUCAAGUUUUUUUGUUGUUUUCUGUUCCCUUGCUGUCACACUGUUGCGCAAUAGCAGUUGUUUUAAAGAGAUACAUUUUUAGAAAUCACAACAAAUGGAAUUAAACAUGAAAGAAUCCAAGA